GCACUUUCUUAUCGUUACGUGAUGAAUAAGGUGUCGUCAAAAGAUGUCUCUUAAACCUUUGCCAAUUUGGGUGUGGGAUUAAAAAUGAUCACGAAAUGUGUUUGACAGGCCCAGCUGAUAAGCAUUUAAUUUUUUCGGAAUUUAUUUAUGCGAGGAGCACUGUUUAUAUCGUUUAAAGUGGCUCUAUCAUUCUAAAUGGAAUAGCACGCACAUGAUAUUUGAAGUGGUACUAGAGAAUUGAGGCGUCCGUGUGCUUGAGGCUAUCACAGCUCAUUAACCAGUGAGAGACAUGGAUGUAUCGGUUAAUUGCUAACCCUGCAAUAUAAAACGAGUUCGUUUAUCACGCUAUAUCGCCUUUUGAGUUACCGCUUUCCAAAGAUUGAAGAUCUCGAGGGGCAGUGAAGAAUUCGAAGAUAAAGUCGAAAUGAGAAUGGUACCAAUUCUAGCCACCAUCUUGCUGAUGAUCCUGUUGAUGAGCCCGGAAGUGACGUCACAGUCCAACUGCUACAUAAAGACUAAUGGUUGCAGUGUACCGUUUAACCUUCCGUUCAUUUACAAAAAGACUUUCACUCCAGCCUGCGUCAAACACGAUGUCUGCUAUAGCUGUGGUGAGCACUAUGGAUGGAACCAAGCGCAGUGUGACGACGCGUUUAAACGCGACAUGUACAAACUGUGCGAGAACUCCGUCAAAGGAAAACGCUUUUUGUUUUCUUCUGUGGCGGAUUUUCUGAAGAAGCUGGCUGAUAAAGUGAAGAGGUGUAAAACGUUUGGUGCAGACGUCUACCACAAAGCUGUUCAAACGGCUGGCCAUCUUUACUGGGAGAAAAAUCCUCCAGCUUGGUGCAACCCUUCCUGCGCAAAACAACGUGGAGACCCAACAAAGCUGCUGAACGUUUAGCUGGGAACGGGAAAGAAAUGGCGUUAGAUUAGAAAGGUGCACAAAUGUAACAGAAAAUGAAAUUAAAGGUGUACACGAACAUUGGUUGUCAAUGUCAUUAGUGAAAGUGGUAAAGAUGUGAUUUACUUUGUUGUUCUUUACACACCCUGAAGAGAUUUCAUUGAAGAGCUCAUUGUGAAGAGCUCAUUCUCUUGUCUUUUACGUUGCUCCCGGUCCUUUUCAAAAUUCUGUCCAACGAUUUUAAAUAUGCCUGUCUUGCAGAUCUUUUUCAAACUAUACCCGAUUUCAGACUAACACAGCUCAAAAAACGUAAAUUAAUCCAUUCCUAUGCUGAUCCAUUUCGGUGGUGUUUAUAUAUCUACCUUUGAAGCAC